AACAGAGUAAAUAUGGAAGGAGUCGGUUCAUAUACUAAUUACAACGGUACACAAUCAUCGACCAAAUCCUUAAGCUACGAUGUUCCAGCCGGAGUUGAUAUCAGGGGUCGUCACGAUCAAGAAUUUGCCAAAGUUCUAACCAAGGAUGCUCUUCAAUUCGUCGCUGAUUUACAAAGAGAGUUCAGGAAUCACAUCAAGUAUGCUUUGCAGUGCCGUAAAGAAGCCAAGGCAAGGUACAACUCCGGUUGCCGACCGGGGUUUGAUCCAUCGACUGGAAAUAUUAGAGAUGGUGACUGGCUUUGUGCACCUGUUCCGCCGGCAGUGGCUGAUCGGAGAGUUGAGAUAACUGGACCGGUUGAAAGGAAGAUGAUUAUUAAUGCUUUAAACUCUGGGGCGAAAGUUUUCAUGGCUGAUUUUGAGGAUGCUUUGUCACCGACUUGGGAGAAUUUGAUUAGGGGUCAAGUUAAUCUUAAGGAUGCUGUGGAUGGGACUAUAAGUUUCAAUGAUCAGGCUAGAAACAGGGUUUAUAAGCUUAAUGAUCAAACUGCGAAACUCUUUGUUCGUCCUAGAGGAUGGCAUCUACCGGAGUCACAUAUUCUCAUCGAUGGUGAACCUGCCGCCGGUUGUUUGGUUGAUUUUGGUCUCUAUUUCUUUCAUAACUAUGCCGCAUUUCGUAGGAACCAGGGUCAAGGGCUUGGACCUUUCUUUUAUCUACCCAAAAUGGAACACUCGAGGGAAGCUAGGAUAUGGAACAAUGUGUUUGAAAAGGCGGAGAUGAUGGCUGGAAUAGACAAAGGAAGUAUCCGAGCCACGGUUCUGAUUGAAACUCUACCUGCUGUCUUUCAAAUGGACGAAAUCCUCUACGAGUUAAGGGACCAUUCUGUCGGUCUCAAUUGUGGUCGUUGGGACUACAUUUUCAGCUACAUUAAGACGUUUCAAGCUCACCCAGAUCGUCUCCUGCCCGACAGAGUCCAGGUUGGAAUGGCUCAGCAUUUCAUGCGUAGCUAUUCCGAUCUCCUCAUCCGCACCUGCCAUAAGCGCGGCGUGCACGCCAUGGGAGGCAUGGCUGCACAAAUCCCUAUCAGGGACGACGCAACCGCGAACGAGGCUGCGAUGGAGUUGGUUCGAAAGGAUAAACUUCGAGAGGUGAAGGCGGGGCAUGACGGGACAUGGGCAGCUCACCCUGGUUUAAUCCCUGAAAUCGCGAAAGUAUUUGAUGAACACAUGGGGAGUAACAAAAACCAAAUCAAAACUCAUACCCGGGUAGACGCAGUUGCACUUACUGAAGAAGAUCUUUUGCAGUUACCUAGAGGUGUUCGAACCAUGGAAGGUCUUAGGUUGAAUACCCGUGUGGGUAUUCAGUAUUUGGCUGCUUGGCUUACUGGAACAGGGUCGGUUCCUCUUUACAAUUUGAUGGAGGAUGCUGCGACUGCUGAGAUUAGUCGAGUUCAGAACUGGCAGUGGAUUAAGUAUGGUGUGGAGUUGAAUGGAGAUGGGCUGGGAGUGAAUGUGACUACGAGUCUGUUUGGGAGAGUUGUCGAAGAGGAAAUGGAAAGGAUCGAGAAGGAAGUGGGGAAGGAGAAGUUUAAGAAGGGAAUGUAUAAAGAAGCUUGCAAGAUAUUCGUAAGGCAGUGUACUGCUAUUGAGUUGGAUGAUUUUCUCACAUUGGAUGCUUAUAAUAACAUUGUUGUUCAUCAUCCUUUGGGAGGAGGGUCUAGGCUUUGAAUGAAGAAGGGUCUCUGUUAAGGUUGUUUGAGUUUGUUUUCUGGUGUUUUGGUUUAUGUUUGAUGAAUAAUAGAAACCUGAGCUCUAUUGGGUUGUAAUAUUAUUGUAAGUUUUUAAGUGUUUAUCUGUUUAAUAAAUUAAGAGUUUGUUU